ACACACACACACACACACACACACACACACACAGACAAAGAGCAGCAGAAGCUCACCUUCCGGACCGCCAUUUUGCCCCGCGGCCAAUCCUCGGCUUGUUGAACGUCAGCCAGCGGUAAAGCGCCUGAUCAUCACGCCCUCACACACACUCUUGCGGCUCGAAGUCUCUUGUCCUCAUCGCAGCCGCGUUGGUCAUCCCUUUCCUGACCAAAUUAUCGUCAGCAGGGAGGAACUGGUGCUGGUGUUUUCGGGGCGCGUGCUUCUCCUUCCAGCGCCCGAGUCACGAGACCCCCUCCUGGCCGAAGAUUUGCCUUCGACGCCCAAAAGUCCGAAAGGUCGAUUGAUUCCCUUUUCUUUUUUUUCGCCUUUGCAUCCACUGUCUAUCUGUUUUAUGCUCUCUCCAAUUCUCCCUUCUCCUCCUUUUCUUCUUUCCAGGAAGACUGCACCCUAGCAUCAGUCCUCCCCCGUCAUCCACGCCUGCUACACGCUACCCGGAAACGCGGUUCUGCCUUAAUCCCUCCCCCAAUCCUGGCCUCGUCGCGCCACUCAGUCAAUGACGGUCCGUCGUCCAAACGGCGGAGAUUAGUCUCCUCUGCAGCGUUCGGCAGACAGUCAGCAUCUUCAUCAGCGACCUUCUCUACGCCUGCUCCUUUCCCUCAGUUCAUGUCGUCCUUGUCGAGUCCGGCGUCUUCCAGAUCUGCUUCAUCUACCACUGCCGCCGCCGCCGCUUUCGCCGCCCCACCGCCUUCUGCUGGUCUCAAGCCUCAUGCGAGCUCGGAGCAUUUACGGACAAGUGAGGCCGGUCCUGCACUAGAUAGACGCACUGAGAGACGGCGAUCCACUCUCAGCGGGUCGGAUCGUAAGCGACGGAUAGUCAGUCUGGAGGCGGAUGCGUGGUCGAGGCGUGCAGUUCCCGAACCGUUGACGGAAGCCGGGCCGAGCAGCAGUCGAGCAGCAGCGAUGGAUAGCAGGUCUAUCCCCCGGUUUUCCGCCUUCCAGGCACAGACGCCUCAGGAUCCUCCUUCGUCCUAUGCCAAUCCCAUCGAUCUAACAUCACCGCCGCCAGCGCAGUCCCGGCCGCAGGGUACAUCCGGCUCAACCGAUAACUAUCGACGGGGAUCGGGGUCACGUACGGGUACUGGUGAUUACGUGGAGUAUACACGGCCGCAAUGGCAGCCUGAUGCGGAGGUGACGAAAUGUCCCAUCUGCGGGACAACUUUCAGCUUUUGGUACAGGAAGCAUCACUGCCGUAAAUGUGGCCGGGUCGUGUGUGCGUCAUGUUCCCCCCACCGGAUUACCAUUCCCCGACAGUUCAUCGUGCGCGACCCCAGUCGUUCUUAUGCAUCCUCCUCUUUGAUCCCCCCGCGCGCGGCUCCGAUUGUUGAUUUGGAAGGUGACGACGCCGCCAUGUCCCCAACUGCCCUCAAUCCGGCCCUGGGAGGCGGGGAGGAGGUGCGGCUGUGUAACCCCUGCGUCCCAGAUCCCAACCCAGAACCGCCUCGUGGGUUUGCGACUGUUCGAAGCCGCGGGGAAGCAGAAUCGCGCUCAGGCAUAGGGCAGGGGGGCUACGCUACUUCCUUCAAUCCAUCUGGACAUCGAUCUUAUCAUUCCAUGUCAUCGCCCGCUAAUCAGCAUCCGCAUAAUGGAGGCCUGGUGAGUCUCAAUUCAGGUACGUUUCCCUCACGGCCCGGACGACGGACCGUAGGCUCAAGCGAUUAUACGACGUUUGGUGGAUUGGGCGGCGCCUUUGCUCCACGGCUGCAGGAACGGCCCAGGCCCAUUGACUACGGAUCAUUGUCUAGUUCCCGCUUCCAUCCUGUCUCAAUGGGUUCUGGUGCGUCCUCUCGACCACUCCCGUAUCCAGCGGGAGGAAGUGCCAGUUCAUUGCCCGUGUCUUCGACAGCCCGAUCUUCGUCCCUCGGGGUAGCGCCGUGGCGUCGGCCUCACGUUGAAGAGCGCGAUCUCUGUCCGAUUUGUGACCAAGAGCUUCCACCUUUGGGUAACAAUGGGGACGAGGCUGGUCGGGAGGCACAUAUCCGCGACUGUAUUGAAAGCCAUGGUCGACAGGGUCGUUCGUCUCCGCAGAGCGGCAGCCCAGCGGCGUCCUCACCCGUUCCAGUUCGUCUGGUCGUAUUCAAGGCGACGGAGAAGGAUUGUGUGGGACAGGACGGAGGGCUACAGGAGUGUACCAUCUGCAUGGAGGAAUACGAGGUUGGCCAGUCGCUGGUGCGGCUGGAGUGUCUCUGCAAAUUCCACAAGCGAUGCAUCGUUGAAUGGUUUGAGCGGAAGAAGGAGUGCCCGGUGCAUAAAGUCUCCUGAAUGAGCCCGAUGUCUUGUUGUUGUUUUCUUCGUUUCAUAGCGAGCCUUGUUUGUACUGUGCAGGUUUUGUUGCGGCUGGAUCUCCGCCUUCGUCUUGUCGGUCCGAUGGUGACUUUGUUUUUGGUGAGGCAAAUGUUCUUUCCGGGCACCAUUUUGCUGAGCCGGCGUCCUGGCCCUGUUUUCCCUCCUUUUUUUGUGCAGCUGAUGAGCAGCCGGGGGUGCUUAUGCUUGCUUGAAGAGAGUUAUGAGUGUCUCUGUUUGGUGUUCUUUAUCUCCCCCUCAUACUUUAUGCAACCGUUCGGCGUGUGAGUGCAAUUAUUGUUGGCCAUUUAGUUAGAGCGACUACUGUUUCCACAGGACAUUGGACAUUUACGAAUGCUACACCUCUUACAUACUCAUUGAUCCGAUAAGUGAGGGAUGGUAAUGGAUAGAAAAGGGGAAUUGGGAUGGCAUUUGGUGCACACGUAAGCAGCGAUAGGAACGGCAGCCUGAGUGAAAUCCAUCUCAAGACUAGAGAAUUAUAGGAAUUCCGUCGAAG